AUGAGCCAGGGGCGAGCGCGGGGUACUAGCGGGGCUUUAAGAAGGGAGCUGGGCGCGUGGGCGGGCGUCGUGACUGAGAAAUCCAGCGAUCUUCUCCACGUCGCCUGGAGCAGCAGGCGCCCAGCUCCUUGCAUCAAGCAAGCCCGGCGGCUAGUUCCCUCUCCCAGCCGAGCUCCUCCCCUUCCAGUAGAUGAGCACGACGCCCUCCUUCAUCUCCAUCCCCCAGCUGCUCAGCUCCUAGCUAGGUGCCGCUCCUCCCUACUCCUACUUCAUUCGGUCGACCACCGCCACGUCCUGGUGGCCGGGCAUCCUUCCUCACUGUUGGCCGUGUGCAGCUCCUUCCCUGCCUGCUCGAGCUCGCCCUCAGCUCUCGGCUAUGGAGUUCGCCCCUGCUCCUCUGCACGCCUCGUCCACGCAUGCCUCCUGGCCGCGAUCGGCUCUGGCCCAGGCCGCCGUCGCGCCCGGAGUUUUGGCACGUCUUCCUGCUCAGACCAAUUUCGCACCUCACCAUCCAUGGAGCUGCUCGCCGACCACCGCCCACAGUCGUGCCUAGGUCCGCCCGUUCUUGCCAAAUUCUCCCUCAGUCAUGCUGUUGGUCGCCUUCCUGCUCCCCACGCCAACGUCCUGUGCAUCGCCGCCGGAGUUCGACUUGCUGCUUGUGCGAGCUGUAUCGAGCUCGUCCGACCAUGGCGCUCACUCCCCAGCCGUUCUCUUGCUCCUCGCACCGUGAUUGCCAUGUUCACUAGCAACCGCAGUUUCGUCGUGUCGCAAACCGUGAGCUGGGACUCCACCGUCUUCGGCCGUCGACUAGCUCGCCAAGGCGUUUUUCACAUUGAAGCAUAGUUGUCGUGCCCUGCGUCCUCGCCGUGUCCGUAAAGCCGUUGUGGAGUUGUUGUCGUUCGCCUCCACGCCAUGUGAGGCAGCGUCGUUGAUCUCUUCAUGGUGCUCGUCGUCGUCUCCUCAUCGCCAUGCCGAACGUCUCAGACCCCGCCAACCUGUCGCCGGAGAAGCACAGUGCAGUACGAUGCCCCAUUAGGUGUUCGGUGUUAUGUGUGAACCAGAAGUUAUUGCCAAUAUCGCGGUGUUCAAGUUGAGUUUAUUUUAUCGGUGAGUUGAUCCCCUACUUCUAUUAUUUUGUUUUAAUGAUUGGAUGUGUUGCAUUAAAUUACUGGUCGUAUUGAUAGUCAUUAUAUGCUAUUUUUAUUUAAAAAUGGGCUAUUAAUGUUUAUGUAAUUUCUGGUAAUAAUUAUUAAUUAGACGUUUUUAUAUGUAUAUGGUAAAGUUUAGGUGGCAAUGUAAUUUAGACGAGGAGUGCUUUGGUGGUGGAUACAAAUUAUUAGGGUAAUUUAAUUGAUUUAAUAUUUGCGAUACGCUUGUGAUCGCAAUUGUGGAGUAGACACAUCGUGUAAAGCUCGGGUUUAAUACGAGUUAGGCGAAGGAGGUUUUGGUAGACAAGUAUAUGAUGUUGGUGAAUCGAUGAUGUUAAAGAUAGGUUUAAUAUUAAAUCAGCUAGCUGACAUGUUUUGUUAGGUUAGUUGUGUUAGAUUCGACUAAUCUUGACAAGCAUGAUUGUUGUACUUAGUCAUCUGUCGUUGGCCAGUGUACAUAAGUACUCUAGAUAUUUAAGUCACUGAGAAAUUAGUUUUACCGAACACUAUGUCAUCUAUUAAUGUUGUAUCCGUUAGAGUAAAUAUUGUGAUGUUUGAUUUAGUUAAGAGUGUAAUUCAAAUUAAUUAAGACACACAGUUUAAAGAGUUAAUUAGAUUGUUGCUAUACUUAUUUUAAGUCGUUGGUAUUAAAUAAUGAUGAGUCCAAGUUUUAUUAGACUUCCGAUGAAAUAUUUUACUAAGGAUGAUAGUGCGGGUUAAAUAAUUUAUUCUUGCUAGAUUUCGGAAUUAGAUCCAAUCAGAAAGGAGGAACAUGAGUGUUGUUCUUGGUGUGUAUAGUUUGCUGUUUCGUGAUGUUUGUGUUAGAUUUGGUUAGUCUUGAAAAACAUGAUCAUUGUACUUGGUCAUAUGUCGAUAGCUAGCGUUUGCUUAUUAAAUGCCAUGAUGCCUUACCAGUAAGUGUUUGAUUCUUUACUAUGUAACAUCGUAAUAUUAUCUUGCGAUAUUCGUCUUGAUGUUCAUACAUGUGCAUCGUGCAUCUCAUGAGGUACGCUAGUUGAUCACGUGAUGUGAAGAACAAGAACUGGAUUAAUCUCAAGGUGAUGCGGAUGAUGAACCUGGAGAUGGAUAAUCUGAACGAGUGCCAAGAAAAAGAAUGGUCGCCAAGUGGACGUCAUCUAACAAACACUAACCUAGUGUUAU